AACUGAUCCAAAAAACUGUAAAACUCGUGCACGUGCAGCAGCUCCUCCUCAUCUUCAUCUUCUUCAUCCUCCUCACCGCAUUCUCAAACGGCGCACCAGGAGCUCGCGGCGCGUUUUCUCGCCGGUUUUUACGCGGAUUAUGGCGCGGUCCGGGUUCGGUGUCGUUCUGCUGUUUCUGUGCGUUUCUGCCCGGGUUCUGACGGUGUUCUCUCAGCUACACCCGGUAUCGAGAGCGCGGGUGCGAUGGACGAAUAACGGGCGCUCGUAUCAGCUGGUGAGCCCCGGGGCUCAGUACGUGCCACCGGGACGAAGAGCGGAGAACCGAGCCGCGCCGGAGCCGGUGACCGUGAGCACAGACCGGCAGAACUCCAGCGCGACCUCCAGUGACGGGAUGCUGGCCGAUGACCCCUACGACCCCUACAAGUCCGUCAGGAACAGUCCCUAUAACCCAUACUACAACUACUACGACUCGUACUACAGACCCAGACAGAGGAGCACGCAGAGGCACGGAUACGGAACCAGAUACUUCCAGAACGGUCUCCCGGAUCUGGUGGUGGACCCCUACAUGAUCCAGGUGUCCACUUACGUCCAGAGAGUGCCCAUGUACAACCUCAGGUGUGCUGCGGAGGAGAACUGUCUGGCCAGCUCGGCUGCAAACGCUCAAGAUUACGACACCAGGGUUCUGCUAAGGUUCCCACAGCGUGUGAAGAACCAGGGAACCGCAGACUUUCUCCCCAGCAGACCGAGAUACGCCUGGGAAUGGCACAGCUGUCACAAUCACUAUCACAGCAUGAAUGAGUUCUGUCACUACGAUCUGCUGGACUCACGAACUCAGCAGCGCGUCGCCGAGGGACAUAAAGCCAGUUUCUGUCUGGAAGACACUUCCUGUGACCCCGGAUACUACCGGCGCUACGCUUGUACCUCACACACACAGGGCCUGAGUCCUGGAUGUUAUGACACCUACAGCGCGGACAUCGACUGCCAGUGGAUCGACAUCACAGACGUCCAGCCGGGCCGCUACACGCUGAAGGUCACGGUGAACCCGGGCUUCCAGGUGUCCGAGUCGGACUUCAGCAACAACGUGGUCCGCUGCGACAUCCACUACACGGGGAACUACGCGCACGCGUCCGGCUGCAGCAUGACCUCGCACUAGAGCCAGAGAGAGCAGGAGCGGCGGACCGGCUGCGUGAAACCGGGAAAAUAAUAACGACGCUAACCCAGCUAACACAACAUCCCCGUUAAACUGUGUCUGGAGAAAUAGUGACAAAAAUCAUUAGGAUAUCAAGAUCACGUUCAUGAAGAUAUUUAGUUCAACCCUAAAUGCAUCAAAACUUCAUCUCUGAUUAGUAACACGCAUUGCUUCAUUUGCAGUAAUAUUACAAGAACUUCAUCUGAACAACUUUAUUUAUAUUUCUUCUCUCCCUCAGAUUCCAGAUAUUUUCUAAUAGUUGUAUCUCAGAGAUAUGGUCCGAUCAUAAAGCAGACAUCAGUGGAGAGAUGAUUCAUUCAGAUGAUGUAUAAAUCAUCCCAUUCAAUAUUUUUAAAACCUUUCGAGGUUUUUUCUUGGUUUCGUGAAUUUUUUGAAAAACAUUGAGAGAGCUCCUUCUGAACCUUUAGUUCCUCGUAGGUUUUGUGAACGUUCAUGAAAUAUUUCGAUCUAACAUUUUAAAAACAUUUACAUUUCAGCCUUCUCUCAUUAUUUAAAUGGUCUACUUUUUCAUAUCUAAAGAUGUUUUUCUCUUGAGUAUUCAAACGCUGGAGGAUCACUGUGUGUUGUUUCUGAAGAACGUUACUGAAAACACUACAGAGAACAAAUAUUAGAUAUUAAUACUUUUAUCAGAAUAUUCCAGAAACAUUAUUAUAAGAAUGAUUUUGUCCUAACAUUUCCGUAACCUUUAAAAAACAUUAAGGGAACGUUCUCUGUUAGCUGGGUAGUAAUUUCACAGCAAAGCCUUACAGUAUUGUUUCAUUUUGUCUUUAUUAGUGUAAAAUAAUAGCUGUAGUGUUUUUGUCUUGCUUUUUUUGAAGAGUCGAGGGUGUUUUCAGUAAUAUCUAUGUUAAUCAUGUUUCUACAGAUAGUUUAGUUUUAAUGGUGUGUGCAAAAAUAAGAACGUUUAAUAAAAAGCGUUUUCAGAUUCAUGUUUAGACAUAUUUAUAUUUUUAGUCUCUUAAAGGUGCUAUUGAUAGUAGAAGUCACUUUAGAUUAGGAGGCACAAACUUGAAUAAACGCAGAUGAGAAUAUGCUUUA